AAAAUGGCAACUGGGAAGGAGACAUUGCUGCAGUCCUUGAUUCUCACCGUCGGGGUCACAGCGCUUGUAGCUACUGGACAAAAAGCACAGCAACCAGAAGUGGUGACCAAAUAUGGGAGAGUCCAAGGGUAUCAAUUCAAAGUAGACGCAGCUGAGAGGAGUGUAAAUGUCUUUUUGGGACUUCCUUUUGCUAAGCCUCCAGUUGGACCACUGAGGUUUUCUGAACCCCAGCCACCUGAGCCAUGGAAAGGUAUCAGAAAUGCCACUUCCUACCCACCAAUGUGUUUACAGGAUAAAGUACAAGGACAGUUUUUUUCGGACAUUAUUACUAACAGAAAAGAAAAAGUUCUUCUCCAAGUGUCUGAAGAUUGCUUAUACCUAAAUGUGUAUACACCCGUUUCUACAGAAAACCAGAAGAAGCUGCCUGUCUUUGUAUGGAUCCAUGGAGGUGGAUUAGUUUUUGGAGCAGCUUCAUCAUACGAUGGUUCAGCAUUAGCGGCCUUUGACAAUGUGGUGGUUGUAACAAUUCAGUAUAGAUUAGGUAUUGUUGGAUAUUUUAGCACUGGUGAUAAGCAUGCCCGAGGUAACUGGGGGUAUUUGGAUCAAGUAGCAGCUCUUCAGUGGAUUCAGGAAAAUAUCAUACAUUUUGGAGGAGAUCCAGGAUCUGUUACUAUCGCUGGAGAAUCUGCAGGAGGAAUCAGUGUUUCUGCCCUUGUCUUAUCUCCCCUGGCGAAGGGCUUGUUCCACAAAGCCAUUUCAGAGAGUGGUACUGCAGUCAGGAUUUUGUUCACUGACCAGCCUGAGCAGGCAGCAGAAAGAAUUGCUACUGCCUCUGGCUGUGAAAAAUCCAGUUCAGCUGCAAUAGUUGAAUGCUUAAGAGAAAAAACAGAAGAAGAGAUAGUACAGAUAACACUGAAAAUGGAUUUGACAACACUGCAUCUAUGCUAUACCUCACCUGAAAAAUGUGAACAGCCUUCACUGUUCAUCAGUGCAUCUGCAGAUGGUGUAUUUUUUCCAAAGAGUCCCAGGCAAUUACUGUCUGAAAAAAUGAUCAAUGCAGUCCCAUAUAUAAUAGGAGUAAAUAACUGUGAAUUUGGAUGGGUACUUCCUAUGGCAAUGAAAUUUCCUGCUUACACAGAUGGUCUGGAUGACGAUGUUGCACGUCAACUUUUACAGAGCUUCUUAGCAUUAUCACUGAAGGGUGUUACUUCUGAAGUUGUUGAUCAAGUAUACAAUGAAUACAUAGGGAAUGCAGAAAACCGUGCUCAAGUGCGAGAUGGCCUUCUUGAUGGAAUAGGAGACAUUCUGUUUGUUCUUUCAGCCAUUGAAGUGGCUAGAUACCAUAGAGAUGCUGGCAACCCAGUCUACUUCUAUGAAUUUCAACAUCGACCAAGUUCAGCGACAGGUGUUGUACCAGACUUUGUAAAAGCAGAUCAUACAGAUGAGAUUGCCUUUGUCUUUGGAAAGCCAUUCCUAGCCGGGUAUGCUACAGAAGAAGAAAAUAAACUUAGCAGAACUGUUAUGAGAUACUGGACUAACUUUGCUAGAAAUGGAAAUCCCAACGGAGAAGGCUUGGUCCAUUGGCCUCAGUAUGAUCUGGAUGAAAGAUACCUGGAAAUAGACCUAAUGCAAAAGGCAGCAAAGAAAUUGAAAGAACGCAAAAUGGAGUUCUGGACACAGCUCACAAAACAAAUGAUGAAUGAAAGGAGAGAGCGCACAGAUUUAUAAAAGUUUUGGAGGGUAUAGUUUGCUUUUAAAACCUGAAGUCAAACAAAAUUAGUUUGUCAGGAUGCAGAGUUUAAUAAUCACCUUCUAACUCACAAUUAUGUAAUCUCUUGUCAUGAUCCCAGUGAAAGGAGAGAAUCAAGGGAAAUCUGGAAUGUUUGUGCGACUAAAAAUCACUAUUUAAUGAAGCAAGCAGAAAAAAUCCACAAUCUUUCAAGCUCAAAAAGACAAUGGUAUCUACUCAGUGGAUAUCAAAAUUGAAUAAUGCUCCUGUGAGAAGGGGGAAUGAGAGGGAAAUUGGCAAAUAUAUUGAAAUCUGUAAGAAAUUAUCUAUACAGAAUAUGUCGUGUCAGAAUAUGUUAUACGCUUAUUCCCCUCUUCUUUCAGAAGAGGAUGGUCAGUUGUCAUUCUUACAGACUGUUUUCACUUUCUUUAAUUGGAAAUAGCUUGUAGGGAGCAGAGCAUCCAUCAAAAAACAUCUGUGAGAUGGGCUUGACAAAUGAGGACAGAAAAUCUCUACUUGUUUUCUUAUUUUGUGAACUGUUACAAAUAAAUGUUGGUUUUGAUUU